AUGUCUCUUCCAACCCUCCUCCCCCCCCAAGCUGGCGUAAAACUCACAACUCGCCGCUAUAACGAACACAACCUCGGAGAAGCCCUAGAGGACAUACACAUCCUCGUAAAUACAGUCGGACCCGCAGGGCACGACUUCAAAGCAAAGAUCGCAGCCGCCCUCCCACGAACCGACAUCCGAGUCUACUUCCCCUCCGAGUUCGGCGUCGACCACUACGGUCAUGACUUCGCCCACCUGGAGUGGCACGAGAAGAAGAAGCACCUUGCAAACGUGCAGUCGGUCGUUAUAUACAUGAAGAUCUCCCGCGUAUUCUGCGGCCUGUUUCUAGAAGAUAGUAUCGGGCCUUGGUUCGGUCUCGAUACCCAGAACGGGAAGUAUACUGGUGUUGGGUCGUUCCGCACAUUGUCGUUUACCUCGUUUGAUGAUGUCGGUAGGACGGUUGCUUCGCUGGCGACUAUGCCGACAGAGAAGAUUCCUGAUGUUGUUCAUGUUGGCGGUGAUUCGCGCUCGUUUGCGGAGAUUGUGGGGAUUAUGGAGUCUACGGGUGCGGAGCACAUUGAUAUCGACUGCUUCCCCUAUUUCCCCUAUGGGCAAUAUAAGGCGGAGACUAUUGCUAAGCCUUCGUGGCGUCCGGCUGGCUAUCUAUGGUUCUUGAUGGGUGAUGGGGGUGUUGCUCAUACUCCUGCUUUUCUUGAUGAUAAUAAUCUUGUUAACCCUGGUCAGCUGCUGUGA